UCGGCCCCGGCAAGAUGGCGGCCCCCUUGGAACUCAGUUGCUGGGGAGGUGGCUGGGGGCUCCCAUCGGUGCACAGCGAGUCCCUGGUGGUGAUGGCUUACGCCAAAUUUUCUGGUGCACCCUUGAAAGUCAAAGUCAUAGAUAACACCUGGAGAGGUUCAAGAGGAGAUGUACCAAUUUUGACAACUGAAGACAACAUCGUUUCUCAGCCUGCAAAAAUACUAAACUUUUUAAGAAAACAGAAAUAUAAUGCUGAUUAUGAGCUCUCAGCAAAACAGGGGGCAGAUACACUGGCUUACAUUGCUCUCAUCGAAGAGAAGCUUCUUCCUGCAGUGCUUCACACAUUCUGGGUUGAGAGUGACAAUUACUUUAGUGUGACAAGGCCGUGGUUUGCUUCACGAAUUCCUUUUCCCUUGAGUUUGAUCCUGCCUGGAAGGAUGUCUAAGGGAGCACUAAAUAGAAUUCUUCUGACCAGAGGAGAGCCUCCCCUUUACCACCUCCGAGAAGUGGAAGCUCAGAUAUACAGAGAUGCCAAGGAGUGCCUAAAUCUUCUGUCGAACAGAUUGGGAACAUCUCAGUUUUUCUUUGGAGAUACGCCGUCUACCUUGGAUGCAUAUGUGUUUGGUUUCCUCGCGCCCCUUUAUAAAGUACGCUUUCCUAAAGGUCAGUUACAAGGACAUUUGCAACGGCUCUCCAACCUGUGCCGCUUCUGUGACGACAUCCUGCACAGUUAUUUUAGGCUUAGUCUUGGAGGCAUCUCUCCUGCUGGACAAGAAACAGUAGACGCAAAUCUGCAGAAACUCACCCAACUUGUAAAUAAGGAAUCCAACUUGAUUGAAAAGAUGGAUGACAAUCUUCGCCAAAGCCCUCAACUUCCUCCCCGGAAACUGCCAACACUUAAAUUGACUCCAGCAGAAGAAGAAAGUAAUUCCUUACAACGGCUAUCACCCUGACAGUCAUCACGCUUUGUGUCCGAAGUCAUGAUUG